CGUCCUCAGUUUGUUCUCACCAGUUAAUCCUACUUCUUUCAUUUUGUUCGUAUUAGCUCAACUCAGAAAAUUCAAAAUGAAUCAGAAAUUGUUUUCGCUGUGUCUGUUGGCCACUGCUAUGAUUUUCAUCGCCACUUCAGCAGAAGCCUCACCAACGGUAAUGGAAAUCCCUGGGAACAUCGACAAGCGUCUGACUGAUCCUCGUUGCGCCACUUGCUCCGAUGACUGUCCACCCUAUUGUGGGCCGAUCACAACUCCUUAUCCCGUUACCGAACCCCCGUGUCACGAUUGCCAUGACACCUGCCCACCUUAUCACAAACCACCGCCGAAGACCAAAUUCCCCAACCUCCCGUCCAUCACCUACAGCACCAAUUGCGAUUUCUGCGAUCACGAUCUUUACACGCUCACCUGCGUUGCGACGCCGUUCGAUUGCGCCGCCCGUUGCGCCGUCGACUUGCGGUGCAGCCACUUUACUUACAUCGCCAAUCUCAAAGGAGGAACUUGCAUUUUGAAAAAAGCUUUCGGUUCCGGUGGCGCCUGGGCGUCGGUCGUUCCGUCGCCAUCGCAUUACGUCUGCGGUUACAUCCCCAAACGGGCCUUGAUUGGCAUUUUCCUCAACAUUUGCGUUGGAUUGAGCAUUACCGGUUCUAGCCAUAAUUAAUUUAUAAAUGGCAUUUGUUAAUUGGGAAACAUUUAACUAUUCGGGAAUUUUGUAUGGGGUAAUUUCUAUUUGAAUAGGGAAAUAAAUUGGU